AUGAGCGCAGAUACACGAGACGCCACCUGCACACGUUGCAAUCGCGACUUCCGCUCCACAGCCUCCAGAAACCACCACACUUGGUUCUCCAAACGGCACCACAUCUGCGUCUUCUGCGGCUUCAAGGCAGACUUCACCAGCAAUAAUGCCCUUAUCAAGCACCUCCAGGAUGCGCACUACGCGUGCAAACUGUGUGGAACAUGGUACAACACGUACGAUGAGUUCGAGACGCACGAUACCGAAUUCCAUAACCGCUGCGGACUGUGUGAUCGGUAUUUUGCGAAUGAGAAUAACCUGCGCAUGCACCGCCGCAUCCACGACCCCCGCACCCUGAAAUGCCACAGCGCCUCAUGCAAAAAGCACUUCCCCUCCUUCUCAGCCAUGCUCAUCCACCUGGAAGCAGGCAACUGCCCCGGCGGCACAGAUUUCGUUCAAGUCAAUACGCUGGCAGAAAUCUGUUACCAGGCGCGCAAGUACUUCACGUCGACCAAGGAUGCGUGUUCUUUUUUCUGUCCGCGGUGCCAUAGGGAGUAUCGGUUGUUGUCGGGUUUGUUUCAGCAUGUAGAGACGACGCCGGCGUGUAGGGAGUUGGCGGGGAAGGGGAGUUGUUUGGGGAAGUUGAAGAAGUUUAUUGCUAAGAAUGUGUAG